AUGAUUAGGAACAGAGAGUUUGGUCAGGUUAAAGGAGAACGGAAGAAGUUGAGCUUCUUCAAGGUUUUUAACGGUGCAGAUUUAUCUUCUGAAUGCAUGAGGGCGUUUCCUUACGACUUGAUGAGAAGCAUCUCUGAGAAAGACUUCUCGUACAAGAUGGUGAUAAGAGCGAAAUGGGGAAGCUCAUGGGAAGUAGGCGUCUCCAAGAACUCAAGGUGCUACUACAUGGAGAAGCGUGGAUGGGACAAGUUUGUGAGCGACAAUGCCUUGGGCAGAGAUGAGUUUACAACCUUCACUCACACAGGGAAGAUGUGCUUCAAUGUCAGCAUCUUCGAGCAGAACUGCAGGGAGCUUCUCAAACCUCGGAAACCACCAACAAUGGCUGAUCCUAUUGAGAUCAAGAAAGAGGAAGGUGAGUGCAGCUACAAAGAUGUGAAGAAGGAAGAGGAGACAGUUGAAUCUUCUGGAGGAGUUGAUGUCGGAGACAGAAAGAAGAAAGCAAAGGAAUCCAAGACAUCAAAGAAGAAAGCUAAGGAGUCUAAAACAUCCGAGAAGAAGAAGAAGAUGAAGGUUCCAGAAUUCAAAAUCACCAUAAGGAAAUCAUACCUCAAGUUCUUGGCAAUCCCAAAGCAGUUUGUGAAUGAUCAUAUCCCGGAUGAGAGUAAGAUUUUCACGGUUCAUCACCCAAAAGGGGACGGUUCGUGGCAGGUGCUUUGCUUGGUCAGGGAGGCUCGGACCAUCUUCUCAAGUGGAUGGACGAAACUGGCAAGAGACUUCCCUUUGUUGGUCGGUGACAAGUGCACAUUCAAGCUCAUCGAUUCCACCGAGUUUCUUCUGGUUAUCUCCAAGAAGGCCAGAAAGAAGAUCACUAAAGGUUGUUGA